CCCAAACGUGAGACAACUGUCACAUCAUUUCUCAAGAAAUACCCCGAAUAUGACGGCAGAGGUGUUAGGAUUGCUAUAUUUGAUACUGGAGUAGAUCCCGGAGCACCGGGUCUUCAGAUUACAAGUGAUGGCAAACCAAAGGUUAUUGAUAUGACAGACACUUCGGGCGCCGGCGAUGUGGACACCAGUACUGUUGUGGAGGCCGACAGCGAGGGUUAUAUCACUGGACUCACCGGUACUAAACUUAAGAUUCCGGGCGACUGGACAAACCCUACUGGCAAAUACCACGUGGGUAUGAAAAAUCUAUACGAGUUGUACCCAAUACACGUGCGGAUCCGUAUAGAAGACGAGUAUAAGGAGAAUGAAUGGACGCCCGGACACAGACGGGCGACAAUCAAUGCGAUGAGAGAGCUCCGGGAGUUUGAGUUGAAACACACGGAACCCAUGAAUGAUAGCUUAGACCAGAAGUUAAUGCGCGAAGAGUUGCGAUCGAGAGUUGAUUUGUUAAAAAAUAUCAAUGCAAACCGUAAGGACUAUGGCCCCACUUAUGACUGCAUUGUGUUUAACAACGGAUCCGAUUGGCAGGCUGUUAUCGAUACUACCGGCGCUGGGAGAUUGGAUGAAUGUACUUUAUUAGGCAAUUACAGGCAUUGUUUUAAAUACGGUACUAUAUCUGACCGAGUCAGUCACGGCACACACGUGGCCAGUAUAGCUGCCGCACACUUUCCGGGUCAGCCCAAUCGAGACGGUGUGGCGCCGGGGGCUCAGAUUGUGAGCGUAUGUAUCGCUGACAAUCGACUAAGCAAUCAUUCACAUACGGGCUCAUCAUUUAUCAGAGCCAUGAAUCGGGCCAUUGAAAUGGAUUGCCAAGUGAUUAACAUCAGCAGUGUGCUUGAUGUAACCGGCCCUGUAUUAGAUUAUAUGCACCAAAUAGUCAAUAAGUACGGCAUUAUAAUUACUGUGUGCGCCGGUAAUGAGGGCCCGGCGUUGACCUCAUGCCAACCCCAAUGGACAGCACAAAACAACCCAUUCAUAUACGUCGGCGGUUACGUCUCGUCAGAUAUGAUGACAGCUCAGCACUCAAUGCGCCGGACUAAUGGCCCGGGUAUGACCUACACGUGGACAUCACGGGGUCCGGCUCAAAAUGGUGAUCUGGGUGUAAGUGUAUGCGCACCAGGAGGUGCUAUAACAUCGGUUCCAUCUUGUGAUCUAUCAAAUGCCGAGCUGAUGAACGGCACAUCUAUGAGUGCGCCCCACGUGGCCGGAUGUGUAGCUCUGUUAUUGGCCGGUUUGAAGGCUCUGUCAAUGCCUUACUCUCCAUAUAGUGUUCGCCGGAGUAUCGAAAACACGGCAUUAAAAGUACACGAAUACCAGCCCUUCACUCAUGGAUUGGGACUCAUCCAGGUAGAGAAGGCUUUCGCACAUUUGUGUGAAUACAGUAUGGGUUGCACUGAACUUAACUUUCACAUUACAACUGAUGGUCAGAAUUCCGGUAUUUAUCUCCGGGAAGUGCCAGAUGUCAGACACCCGAACACUCAUGUGAUCACAAUUGAACCCAAAUUUCUCAAUGAUAAACAUAUCGAUAAUAAACAAAAAAUUGAAUUUGAGAUGAAGUUAAGACUCGUGUGCGACGACCAGUGGAUCACUUGUCCCACAUUUUUGCACAUGACUUACGGUACCAGAGAUAUUACCAUUGAAGUCAACCCAACUGAACUGGAUGAUGGCCAGGCUCAUUUUACAUGGAUCAAUGGCUAUGACAUAGAUUGCAUGGAAAAGGGACCGGUAUUUCGUAUUCCGGUGACCGUUAUCAAGCCAAUUAAAUUACCGGACAAGUUAAAACUGGAGCACUCUAUUGAAUGCCAUGCGGGUCAGGUGUGGCGCCAAUUCGUGGCCAUUCCCGACACCGUUAACGGAAUGAGCGUACGAGUGGUGAGUGACUCGACUCAGGUCACUACUGGUAAAACAAAGUAUUGUCUUCAAGCGCUACAACUACUACCCAAAGAGCGCCGGAAUGUUAAUUACACGAACAGAAUGUUAAGUUUGUCCGCCGGACGUGAAGACGACUAUGACUUUGAGCUGACCGGCGGCCGGACUCUUGAGCUAUGCAUUGGCCAGUUGUGGAGCGAUUUGGACGGCACUCGGGUUACUCUUAACGUCGAGUUUUAUGGUCUCCGGCCCAUACCUGACACAAUGACCAUGGUUUUGUCCAGCGAGAGUGUCGCCCUAAUGGACAUACAGUGCACUACGAAUGUUAAUGACAUUAGACCGAGAAUCUUUCUCAAUAAAUAUGUCCAUAUUCUACAACCUUUUGGCCAUAUUGUUCGCCCACUCGACGAGCGCGAUGCUAUUCCACCGGCACAGCAGCUGUAUGAGUGUCUCUUGACAUACAAAUUAAACUUGACAAAGACCCAGUCGGUAGGUAUAGUCUGGGCGCCCGGCGAUCAUGAGUUAGGUCGGAGAUAUGUGAAUUUCAUGUGGAUGCUUUUUGACACACAAACCAAGUGCUACAUAACGGCCGAGCAUCAUAAAUCAGGAGAACGUACUUGUGAAGAGGUUCACUUGGAGUUCGGUGAUUACACGAUCCUGGUGCAAAUAAAACACACCGAUUACCAGCUAUUAGACCAACUCAAUCGCGCGGCUCUCGGUAUAGAGUACUGCGCGCGGGAAUCGCUUCACACGUACGACACGUACAACGAAGCGGUGGGCAAUCCGACUGGUAUUGGAAACCACUGUAGUUGCGGACAACACACGGCGUAUAUAGCGGGUCUGACCGCCGCCCCCGUAGACACACCGGCCGUUACUGUUGGCUCAUAUUUUGAGGGCAACGUUUACUUGUCUAAAAGCCAACUGUCCCGACCGUUCCGGUACGUCGUGGACAGCGGGUGCCAGUGGGCGGCGCCCAUAGCAUCCUCACCCGGUCCAGCAGGUGGUGACUGUGCGGACACAUCUGCUGGCGUAGAUUCAAAGGCAAUGCUCGACGCGAUCGCAGAUAUGAAAAUCAAUUGGAUUUCAAAAUUACCGGACACUGAGUCGGAUAAGUUAUUUAAUGAGCUAAUAGAGGUCGACAGCGCAAACAUCAAGAUUAUAUUGGCCCGUAUGAGAGCACUCGACCGACAACAGGAUACCAGUGAUCAACAGCGGGAGCGACGACACCGGCAGAUAGUUUUGGCCGACCAGGCGUUGGCUAUUAGCAAAAGUGAUAGUUUGAUUACCGCUGUACUCGUCAUUAAAGGUGUGGCCAUUUGUGAGCUCAUAGACGGACAGUCGGUGUCGGAGCUGAAUGCGAAGGAAACGAGUGGACUGCCCGCUAGUGGUGGCACAGAGUCUGCCAUCACUUCCAGUGUCAUUAUCUCUGAUCAAACGGCAACUACUGGUGGCAAUAUAGCCACAGCUGUGCCAUCAUUUACCAUCUCGGAUGCGGAUCAGGUGUACGAAGAGAUCUCUAAACUAAUUGCCGAUCCGUACGACAAAGAUGUGUAUGAAUUCACUGAACGUCACGCCCUUUUGCACCGGCAUUACGGCCGGGCGUUGAAUGGCUACAAUAGACAGUCUGAUUUGUUGCUCACCCCUGUUAUCUGGCAUAAAAUGAUCAAGCCAAAACGUGAGACCACUGUCACAGCAUUUCUCAAGAAAUACCCCGAUUAUGACGGCAGAGGUGUUAGAAUUGCUAUAUUUGACACUGGAGUAGAUCCCGGAGCACCGGGUCUUCAGAUUACAAGUGAUGGCAAACCAAAAAUUAUUGAUAUGACGGAUACGUCCGGCGCCGGCGAUGUGGACACCAGUACUGUUGUGGAGGCCGACAGCGAGGGUUUUAUUACUGGACUCACCGGUACUAAACUUAAGAUACCGGGCCACUGGACAAACCCUACUGGUAAAUACCACGUGGGUAUUAAAAAUCUAUAUGAGUUGUACCCAAAGUCAGUACGUGAUAGGAUAGCAGCCGAGUAUGAGACUAAUGAAUGGACGCCCGGACACAGACGGGCGACGGCCGAAGCCCUCAGAGAGUUGCAGGCGUUUGAGUCGAAACACACGGAAGCCAUGAAUGAUAGCUUAGACCAGAAGUUAAUGCGCGAAGAGUUGCGAUCGAGAGUUGAUUUGUUACGUGAUAUCAAUGCAAACCGCAAAGACUUGGGACCCACUUAUGACUGCAUUGUAUUUAACAAUGGAUCCGAUUGGCACGCAGUUAUCGACACUACAGGUGUCGGACGGCUCAAUGAAUGUACAGUAUUGGGCACAUAUAGGGAAUGUUUUAAAUACGGAACCAUAUCUGAUCGAGAUAUGCUAAAUUAUGCGGUAAACAUACACAAAGAGGGAAAUUUACUGGAAAUUGUAUCAAUGCCCCAUGCACACGGCACACACGUGGCCAGUAUAGCUGCCGCACACUUUCCGGGUCAGCCCGAUCGGGACGGUGUGGCUCCAGGGGCUCAGAUUGUGAGCGUAUGUAUGGCUGACAACUAUACGGGUUCGUCGCUCAUUAGGGCUAUGAAUCGCGCCAUCGACAUGGGGUGUCACGUGAUUAAUAUGAGCAUUUCAUUUAUUAUACAAGGGGCCGGCGUUGGGCACGUGUCACAAGCAAUGGACCGCUCGCACCAAUUCGCUCAUUUACGUCGGCGCAUACGUCUCGCAGGAUAUGAUGAUUGCCCAAUACUCCCGGUGCAGAGCGCCGGUAAUACAGGGCCGGCGUUGGGCACGUGUCACAAGCAAUGGACCGCUCGCACCAAUUCGCUCAUUUACGUCGGCGCAUACGUCUCGCAGGAUAUGAUGAUUGCCCAAUACUCCAGGUGCCCGACAAAUGGGCGCGGCUUGAGUUAUACGUGGACAUCAAGGGGACCAGCGCCAAACGGUGAUCUGGGUGUGAGUGUAUGCGCACCGGGAGGUGCCAUUACAUCGGUGCCGGUCUGUGACACCUCAAAAUCCGAGCUGAUGAACGGCACAUCCAUGAGUGCGCCCCACGUGUCCGGAUGUGUGGCACUAUUGCUGUCCGGUUUGAACGCUCUGUCAAUGCCUUACUCUCCAUAUAGUGUUCGCCGGAGUAUUGAAAACACGGCAUUAAAAGUACACGAAUACCAGCCCUUCACUCAUGGAUUGGGACUCAUCCAGUUAAGACUCGUUUGCGACGACCAGUGGAUUACUUGUCCCACAUUUUUGCACAUGACUUACGGACCCAGAAAUGUGACCAUACGUGUCGACCCUACCGGCCUCGAGAAUGGGCAAGCACAUUUUACAUGGAUCAUCGCCUACGACACAGAAUGCGUGGAAAAGGGGCCGGUAUUUCGCAUACCCGUCACCGUUAUUAAACCUGAAAGAUUGGCCGAUACGUUGAAUCUGAAACAUUCAAUCACAUGCAGCGCGGGUCAAAUAUGGCGCCAAUUCGUGGCCAUUCCCGACACCGUUAACGCAAUGCGCGUACGAGUGCUAAACGGGGAACAGUGGGGAACCGGCGACACAUUGUUUUCACUACAAGCCCUACAACUGUCAGACAUUAAUACUCAGUCCGUUAAUCGUAUGGACAACAAGUUUUGGCUGUCGGCCGCCAAUGAGGUCGCCUAUGAUAUGAGUGUUGUGGCCGGCGAUACACUGGAGCUAUGUUUUGGCCAGUCGUGGACAAAGGUGGACAAUACACGGGUUACGCUGUGCUUUCGGUUUUAUGGGUUUAGCCCGUUGACGGAUUUUACCAUGUUGUCCAGCGAGCGAAUCGCCCGAAUAGACUUACAGUCCACCACCGGUGUUAUGGAAAUUUUACUAUACCAUAAUUAUUACGUUUGUACCGUUAGACCUAAUGAUCAUGUUGUUCGGCCACUGGAUAACCGCGAUGUCUUACCACCGGCGCAACAACUUUACGAAUGUCUAAUGACUUACAAAUUCAAUGUGCCCAAGAAACAAUCUGUGGACAUACACUACCCAUUAGGCUCUAGAUUGGACAUUGAAUGCGUUAGUUUCAUGUCGAUGAUUUAUGAUUGCGAUACCAAACGCUUGUUGGUUGCCGCUAGCGGUUACAACAACAAUAUUGAGCUAGAUAAAGGUAAUUACACGAUCCGGCUUCAAAUAAAACACCCGGAUAGCUCCCAGUUGGACCGUAUGGGGGCACUCCCUGUGCGAGUCGAGUACUCGAUGUCGUAUCAAAGGCUGGAUCACUACCGGACGUAUAGGGAGGCAGUGUUGGAUAGCAAACGCUCGAUGCCAUGUACUCUACAACCCAACACUCCGUACCCGGUGUUCAUCGUCGGUCUGACCACAACUCCGGCCGAUAUACCUGUCGUAACCGUGGGCUCGCAUUUUGAGGGCAAAAUAUGGUUGGAUAAGAAAGGAUUAUCCCUUCGUUUCCCCAUCCGGUAUAUUGUCGACACCGGUAGUCAUUUGGCGCCCAAAGCCCUGACCACUGGUCCGGCUGGUGAUACCGGGGGUGGGAAGGGUAUAGCGGACACUACAGUUGGUAAACAUAUGCUAUCGGACGACGACAAAUUACCGGAGACUGAGUCAGACACGCUGUUCAACGAGUUAAUGGCGGACGACAGCACAAACACCCGGGUUAUAUUGGCCCGGAUGCGAGCUCUGGAUAAAUCAACCACUAGUGAUGUGCACCAGGAGUGGGAGCGCCGGCACCGGCAGAUAGUAUUGGCCGAUAAGGCGUUGGCUGUGAACGAAAUCAGUGUUUUGACUGCUAUGAGGGCCACGUUUAACACUGCGAGACAGACGCCCGACAUCAGGGAAUGUGUGAAAAUAUUAGAGACGGAAAGUGCGACCCUUUUGGAUGUGUUGGUCAUUAAAGGUGUGGCCAUUUGUGAGCUCAUAGACGGACAGUCGGUUUCAAUGCAAAAUGCGGAGGAAACGAGUGGACUGUCCGCUAGUGAUAGCUCCGAGUGUGUCAUCACUUCCAGUGUGAUUAUUACUGAUGAAACACUAACUAAUGGUAGUACAGCCCCAACUGUGCCAUCGUUUACCAUCUCGGAUGCGGAUCAGGUGUACGAAGAGAUGUGUAAACUAUCUGCCGAUCCGUACGAUACAAAAGUAUAUAAAUUCACUGAAAGUUACGCCCUUUUGCACCGGCAUUACGGCCUGGCGUUGAAAGUGUAUUGCAAACAAUUUGAUCUAGUACCCAGUCGUGAUGUGUGGGAUAAAAUGAUUAAGAUGUUUCACUGUUUGAAUUGGACUCAUAUUGAAAAGCAAUACAUUCGCAACACUAACGCUAUGUUUCCCAAAGAUUAUCGACUAUUUUAA